GAGGGCGGGGCUUAGGCUGUGUUUGUCGGGCGAAGCGGCCGGGGCCAUUCGGUGCCCGGCUCGGCGGAAAGUCGCGAGCGGGGAGGAGAGGUAGGGCUCCGGCUGGCGGGACGGACAGACUGACGAACGGUUAAAGGUAGAAGCGGCGCCCACGGAGCCGGGGCGGCAACAUGGUGUCGUGUAUCAUCUCCCGAGUCGUCGUGUAAGUGGAGAGGGUGAGGGAAGCGGGGCCUCAAGAGGGACCGGUACCAACGGACUUUUCCCUCAGACUUGCGCGGGGGGUGGGGGAGGCAUCUUCGCUCCUGCCUCUCUCGGCGCUGAGGCUUGUGGGGGCCGGAGGAGGAGAAGAAUGCGGCGCUACUGCGCUUGCGCGGACAGCGGGGGUGCUAGAAGUGCCCUCUGGGACUUCCUGCUGCUUUGAUACUUGGGGUGGAGCGAAGUGGGCCUUUCCGCAAAAGCGCCGGUUCCCCCUGCCAGCGCAUGGCCAUUUUAGGGUGCACGGAAAGCAAUCCUUAUGGGCCUCGUCGUGCUCUUAGGCGCGCCCCUAACUUACGCGGCUUUCCGCGUACACCUGAGAGCGUCAGGCUCCGGUGCGGCAAACGCGGGGAUUUUGCGUGUUCGAGUCACAGGAAGCUCUCGGUGUCGCUGUUUUGGGACUACAAUUCCCAUUAUCCCUGACCACUAGUCCUGUUAGCUAGGGAUGAUGGGAGUUGUAGUCCCAAAACAGCUGGAGGGCCAAGUUUGGCCAUACCUGGCUUAGAGGCUGCCUUACCUCACGUGCGAUCAUAGAUUCAGAGUUGUAGAGUUAGAAAGGAUCGCAAGGAUCAUCUAGUCCAACCCCCUGCAAUGCAGGAACUUCGAACCCAUGACCCUGAGAUACAGAGUAUCGUGCUCUACCUACUGAGCCUAUCCCUAAGGCAUGUUGUGUAAGGAGAGGAGGAGAUGCGCUGGAGCGGGGCAGAUUCAUGGCAGUUUAUUUCUCAGAUUUUGAAGUGGGGGGCGAUCAGGCAGCCUGUUUAACUUUAGAGACUCUUUCCCCUCAGCUUUAGAUAUGUGUAUACAGUAUACCAUUGUGGUCAUUGGGUGGCACUCAAAUUAUAUAAUGGUCAUCUUUUAAAAAUCUGAUUAUGAUUCCUGUUCACUCUAGGAUCCAGAGCUGGUCACAACUAUUUAAAACACCAUACUAAACACGGUAAAGGCACGCUUGAGGCCACAGCCACCUUUGUUGUCUAGAGCUUCGCCCUGUCAUUGAAAACCGGUUUGGGGACUGAGCCCUAGCCAGUGACUCUAAACAAGCUUUUAUGUGACUCAUAAGUUUUAUUUGUAAACAUGGUGCAGCAGAACUCUAAGCGAGAAGCUCCUUAUAUUUUUGUAGAUCUCCCCCCUCCCCCAUUUUAUAAAAAAAAUAAGGUUUUAUUAGUAUGAUAAUACUGAUGGGUCUACUGAUGAGUAUGACCCAACAAUGCCAGGUCUUCAUCCUUGUCUGUUUGCUUAAAUUCAUACGAUUUAGAAACUAAUUGGGAGAUAGAUGAAUGUCCACUGCCUAUAAAGAGACUUGAAGUGAUGGGUUUGGCUGGAACUUGGAUACACCAUUUUGUGUUUUUAUCAGAAAUACCUUUGCCAUCAUGGGGGAGGGGACCGUAGUUGAAAAGUUAAAGUGUACUUUUCCUAUUGAAAGAUUAGCAUUUUUUGGUCAUUGGGCAAAGUGUUGAAAGAAGGUAUAUUUUUCUGAGAAAUCCCAUAUAUCAUCCAUUAAUUACAACAUUUAGAUGAUUAAAGAUUAAAUGCAUGCUGUAGUGAUUUUAACCUAGUUUAACAAGAAUUAGUGGUAGUCCUCAUAGCUAUAAGAAUGUGAUCUGGUAAAUGUAGGUCCAGUCCCAAAUGGCAAUCUUGUGGCAGCUUAAAUACUAAUUGGGCAACCCUUAUAAUUUAUUUCUAAAUACAGUGUGAUUUUUAAAAAAACAAACAGUGCCUAUUAUUCUGAGGACUGUCUUAAAAUUGUGGUAUAAAAACAAUCAAAUGUUUUAUGUCAGCCAUAUAAAUUAGCAUACACAUGCUUUGAUUUGGAAAAGAGUAGGUCUCUGUUUGCUGCAGAGAACUCUGGCCCCGACAACACCAAGCAACCCUUUUUCUUUUAAGUACUCUUUUUUCGAGUUCAAAGGGCAAAGUGAUGUGGCCUUAUGAGGCCCACACUUGAAGUGAAUAAAAUUGUGAUGUAAACCAGGCAUUUUGAGAGUGUCUGCCAUGUGAGCAAGCAAUUAAAUGGUAAAUAUAUCUUCUUAAAUGCAUGUAGUCAACCAGUAGGCAUGUUUCAGAUAUUUGGAAUUCUGUAAUGAUGGGUAUGAGGUGGAAAUUGCACAGACAACCAUGAAACUGUCAUCUCAUGGAAACGUUUCUGAGCAGGCAGUACUAUAUCAGAUCCACUAAAUUAUAUAUGGACUGAAGGUGGCAGCAGUUGCAGCUUUGAAGGUAUGCAUUAUCCAAGAGUUUGUGAACGUUUCCUUUUAAAUCAGUCUUUCAACUUUAAUAUUGGUCUCCUGUUGGUGCAUGUGUACAACAGCUUUGCAGGUUACAGCAAAUUUGCAAGCCUACAUUAAAAAUUAUCCUCCCAACUGCACAUCUGUAGUGACUAAUUAUGGUAGUAGCAAUUCACUUGCCUAAGGUGAACAACCAUUCCUUUUUGCUGAUUAGUCUGUGUGGUUCCUGUAACUCCUUAAAUUUUAGCGCAAUAGAAGCAAAAACCUAAUAACGUUGCAUACCGUAUAUGUACAGUGCAUGCUUAAUUUAAUUAGAUUAGAACAUCAUUCCACUAAAAGUAAACAAAAUGGGCAGAAUUCACCUAACCAGCUGUUUCACCAUAAGUCCUGUGCAAGGAUAUCUGCUUGAGCAACAGGGCUUUCCCCUUUCCUUCUCCUGUGCCCCCCCCCAAGUUGACUGUGGGGAGGAGUCAGGAGAUCCCCCUGAACAGCACAGGGGUGGGGGGGUGUCAUUCUCCCUGGCAAGCUGAAAUAUUGGGGUAGAUUGAAUUAUUAGAUGAGCAUGAUGUUGAAUUCCACCCAAUGAGGAAGUGAAGCUAAAGUUGGUGAGAAGAGACAAUGUUCUAGGGCUUACUAAUGAAUUAAAAACCGACACAUCACCGGCUUCCAGGUGGCAUCCACCCAAGAAUUCUUAAAGAGCUUACACAUGAAAUUAAAUGGUAGUUGCCUGCUAGUUCAUGCGCACACUGUGGACCUUUUAGUUUUCUUCUUCUAAGAAGCUUCCAUGGAAGCAAGAGUCUUGAGGAUGAUUAUAGCAAAAGUUUGUCUGUUUUUCUGCAGGAGGUUUCUCUGCUGCUUUCACAGACUCGGAAACAAAACUAGAAGAGUAGAAAGCUGAUCUAUUGUGGCAACAGUUGGCCCAGUUGAAUGGAUUUUGAUAGUGGAAAGAACAGUAGCUGCUGGUAUGGUUGUUAAUAAAGGAAGGAAGGAAGGAAGGAAGGAAGGAAGGAAGGAAGGUCCUUGGGGUGGCAGUGUCAAAGAGAAUUGUUGUUUUUGCUCUGUGGCUGACAAUGGCCAAAUAGUGGGAACAUCAACACAUGGAAAUAUGUCUAUCCUUGAGCAUAUUGAUGAAUGUGAAUGGUUACAGCUGGGAGGUAGCAUUCAAGCCCUAAAGCUAGGGCUUUAGCAGGUCUGUGCAGUAACACACAAUAAAUAGUACAUGACUUUUCUUUUACUAAAUAUAAGUUUUGAGUAAGGUGUUCAGUCAGUAAAAGUUAAUGUUUAUGAAACUUUAAAUUAAAAAACCUUGCCUUUCAAUGAAAGGCAUUUUUUAGGACGAAGAAAGCUUUCUUUUAAAAAAAAACCUUAGUAACUAAAUAUUAGCAGUGUCUGGGAGAAUCUCAGGAUUUUCACCCAUGUUGUGCCUGUUGGCUUAUAUUUAGAGGCGUGUGUAAACUUGUCUCGUUUCUGAGACAAGAUGUGUUCCAAGAUGUGUUACUACAGGCUUCUGAAUGAGAUAGUUUUGAUCGCCACUCUAGGAGUCAUGUUGAUCUCACCAGCUAGGUGAUUCAUUAUGUGUUCAUUCUCCAGAGUACUACAAUGUCAACCCUGAGUACACUCUACAUACUCCAAAAAGAGUUAACUUUCAUGGCCUAGGUUCUUAAGGUGCCUUGGCCACACAGUUGACAAAUAAGCCUCAGCUUGGAUUCCUGCAUAGCAGCGGGUUGCACCAGAUGACCCUCGGUGGUCCCUUUCAACUCUAUGAUUCUACCCAACUUGGAAACUGGGGAGAUGGUGAGGAAUAGUGUAACUACCCAGGCAAUCCCCACCCACCUUUGCAGCCUCAAAGUUGGAAGGAAGACUGGCUGACUCUUAACUUGACCAGAGGAUGUGGCAAAGUAGAUUUUUUGGAAGUCUGCUUGUGGGUAGAAGUAUGUAAUGAAGGGGUGUAAAAGGAGGAGCCGGUAAAAUUAGCAACAGAGAGGCUGUGUAAUUAAUAACCAGAAGGAUCUUUGCAUGUUCUUUAAUUUUAAGUGGUGGAGUUGGUGACAUUUAGAGAAUUGCAGGUGGGUUGGAUUAAAGAUACAUCUAUGAGUUCUGUAUUUCAAAUGGUGUAAUGUUUUAAAGAAGUUUUCAUUGGCAGCAAAAGGGUAUUUCCAGUACAAAAAUGCACUCAUGUGGAUCCAGCUUUCUAAAAUGCUGUUUAAAGAAUGAAUGUUUUAGAAUAGCCCUAACAUUUAAAAAAAAAUCUUUUUGCAUCUCUGUUUAAUGUGAGCUGCCAGCAUGUUUGUAUAAUGUGAAUUUUGUAGCACUAAGAACUGAAACAAAAGCAGCAUUCAGAGAGCAGCUAGAUUUUUAAAAAGGAAAUCCAAGUAGGUAAUUCCUUAGAGGGAAGUUGUCCCUUAAAAUCAGUCUUCAGUAUUUAUAUAUGUUUUAAAAGUAGACCCAUCUGUUGUUGCCAAGGCAAAUCAUGCCACUGAACCAUGAAAAAUAUUCCAGGACUUUGUAGGUGAAUGACUUGCUAUAGAUAGGCAAUGUCUGUGGACUAGGAAUUUCAAGGGAUGCUGUGACUAGAAUUCUUGGCAGCAAGACAUGCUAGCAAACUGCUACUGAGAGGAAGAAGUCGAAGCACUGGGCUGAUGGGAUACUUAUCCUAUGAUGUAAGAUGCCUGUCAUUUCUUCUGUUCUGAUAGAAUAGAUAGUGGGCAUCACUGUACAUGAGUGUAACAUCCGUCCCACAGUUAUCUGCAAAAUUGCUGCUGAAGGAUUCUGCUGUGCAGAGCGAUGCUAAUUCUGUUCCAGCCAGUGAAAGUGGUUGGCAUUUGGCCCUUGCUUAGCAUUCUGUGUUGUAUCUCAAGGAGGCUUUUUUUUUGUUAAACAUGCUGCUGAGCUGUGGCUCAUGUCAACCAUGCUUGGAAGAUUUUUUUAAUUUUAAUUUUUUUAUUUUUCGCUCUGAAGCUGUAAGGGCUAUGAAGUCUUUGGACAUAGUCCUGACAAUGCUUGCUUUCAUACAUUUAUAAAAGAAGAGUAAGUAUUGGUAGUCAUCCUUAUCUAAUAUAUGUGAUAAAUGGAGAUCGACAGUACAGCACUUUGAUAGUAGAUUUGUACAAAAAUGCUGCUGCUGCUUCUUGAGCUAUAGAAUGCUCUUCCAUUAAGCAUGAGGAAGAGUUCUAAAGAUUAAUUGAUUCUUCACCAUGUAAAUUGAAACAAGGCUCAAAGGAAUGGUGAAAAACUGUGCCUUCCCAGUUACAGGGUUACGUUCUGGAGAUUGCGCCAAAAGUCAAAACUGCAUAUAGUCAAAACCCACUGGGUUUAAUGGCAGAUGGGAUUGCCAAAGUCAUUUUUCCCAGAACCCUGCCCUCUUUUUAUUUAUUUUGCCAUGCACAUAAAGCUGAAUGCACAUAAGUUAAAUAUGUUUAAGUGUAACUAUUAUUGGGAGAGAUAGUAUCACUAUUAGAGUGGCAAAGAGUGCCAUAGAGUAAUCAGGAACAAUGGUUUUUGUAUAUAUUUGGAGCCCAAUAUUUAUCUUUUUGGCUAGAAAGUUGUUUACAAUCACACUUUGUUGGUGGUGUCCUUAGAUAACAGUUUUGGCUGCUUGUCAGACAAUUGUUCAAGAGUGCCAGGCAGAGAACAUUGCAUGUACAAUCACAAAUCUGUCUUUUAUGUGCUCUUCUAAUACUCGGAAAAGAGUUGCUGUUUAAAACCUUAAUGCAAAUAUUGGGAAUAAAAAAUCAGACUUAUAAGCUCAACAUGCACAAGAUAGUAUUUUCUAAACUGCUGGCGGAAAGGCUGUGACACAAGGAAAAACCUUGUGUUUUAUUUUGCUAUAGGGGUCUGCAAAAUAUCCAGUGAUCUUGUUGAACGCAAGUCAAAGCUGUACUGUAACAAAGUGGCAUUAUGGAUGGAUAAAGGUUUUGAUGUGAUCACUGCUUUUUAAAGAGAGAGAUCUGUGUCCUUUCUCACAAUUAGCUGUAGAGAUUUUUCCUAGUCCGUUGUUACCUAUGAUUUUUACUGUGUUCAUAGCCCUUUCUAUAUCAGAGCGUAUUCCAUACUCUUUGAGAACUUGCCUCUCUUCCAGAUGAUCUGGAGAUGGUCUCUGCAUGUGUAAAUCAAGGUCCAUCUCCUAGAGAAGCUGUCAAAAUAGGAAGGCUCAGUGCUACUUCACAGUCUACCCUUAUCCUUAAAAGGAAGUUGGCAACUUCAUGCAACCUACCAGAAGUGUUAUUUCCUGAUUUGGAGAAUGAUGCUGGUACCAAGGCCAGCAGCGAAAAUUAUUUCUGAAAAACUUGACUUCCGAUCUAGACAUUUUCUUAGGGAGAACGAUAUAACUUGUUCGGUUCUUUACAUAUGUGGUUCCACUUUUGCAAUAACUUUAAGUUUUAUGGAUGACCCAAACUAUGCAAAAAGUUUUUAUGGACCCAGUUUUUUGGGGGAAGUAGAGCUUGGUGUACUUGAACCAUUCACAGUCACCUCAUUAUUCAUUCUUCUGCUUAUCCCCCUAGGUAGUGGGAUAGAGAUGAAUGUUGUGAAAUAGUAAGACUGGAAACAACUAUUUUCAACUUUGCUUAUGGUAGUUGCUCACUAUUCUUUUUGUCUUAACAUCUGUAUCUUAUAAUGCUUAGUAAAAAGUUGAUGUUUUGCCAGUGUUGCCACAUUGGAUCAAUUUAUCCAUUAUGAACUGUUGUGGUGCAAUUGAAGCAAUGUGGCAAGCACUUGAUGAUGAUGAUGAAUUCCUCCAACUGAUGUAAUCGGUAACAUUUUGGAAGUCCACAAUAGCUCUUGAAGACUUAAAAAGAAUAAAAUAGCAAAUAAUGUUUCAGUCUGGAAAACUAAUAGGCUUUGCCCUAAGUGUCCCAUUUCUAGGUCCUGGGGAAAGCUAUAUUCUAUUUCCAAUGUAAAUGGCAAUAGAAAUAGCAGUAUCCUAAAUGUUCAGAAAUGGGUUGCUGAAACUGGGCAAAGUGUUCCAAAUCAAAUUUCAUCAGUUCUGUGCUUUAAUACAGUGGUACCUCAGGUUAAGUACUUAAUUCGUUCCGGAGGUCCGUACUUAACCUGAAACUGUUCUUAACCUGAAGCACCACUUUAGUUAAUGGGGCCUCCUGCUGCUGCCGUGCCGCCAGAGCAUGAUUUCUGUUCUCAUCCUGAAGCAAAGUUAUUAACCUGAAGCACUAUUUCUGGGUUAGCGGAGUCUGUAACCUGAAGUGUAUGUAACCUGAGGUACCACUGUAGUUCAUUAGUCCUACUGAAGUUUAUAUGUGGAUAGCUGAAUCACACUGAUGGUUUGGUCACUUUGUUAAUAAGUAGCAUCCUCUUCUCUGUUUAUCAUUCCCAGCUGAUUCCUAAAGCAUUGACCCUGUGCUUUUGUUUUGUUGAAUUAGCUUCUAAGAAGGAAAUGCACAUGACUAAUGCAGGUAAACAAAUCUCAACCAGUAAUCAGCAGUAAAUGUCAGAGCCAGGUCAGGGCUGAGAGGCUGUAUCUGAUUCAAGGCCUAGUAUGUGCUCUUACUAGGGAAGGGCAGAGUGUUUGACCAGGGCUGACAUUAUACACCAUUCCAUUUUGUGCUUGGAGAGCAUCUGAGGCCUGCAUUCAAUCAAUCCCAGGUAGUUCUCUAAGCUAGGUCACUGCCCUGGCUCCUGAGAUUCCUGAUUCAGAUCCCAGGAUCACUGUCAGUAGGUCUGAUCACUGCCUCCAAUGUAACAGUGGACACUGUAGGUUAUGCAUUUAGUGUUAGUGUUAAUAAAUUGGCCCCCGCAAAUUAAAGUAAUCAAUUGUAAUUUUUAUUUGGUAGGAUUGCAAGCUAAGAUUAUUCUUGUCUAAUUUUUGAAAUUAUUUUUUAACUGGAAUGUUCCUGUAAAACAGGUGUAAGGGACUUGUGGCCCCUCAAAUGUUGUUGGACUCAAAGUCACACCAACCCUCACCUUGCCAUGCUGCCUAGGGCUGAUGGGGAUAUGAAUUCAAAAAAUCUGGAGGGCCAUAAGUUUCUCAUCCUUUAGAAGAAUGAAAGUCCAUUUUCCUGCUUGGAAUGUUAACUUAUGCUUUUCAGUAUCUUGGAAGACAUCUAUAUUGAUCUUUGGUAAAGUGCAUAUUUAAUUGUUGAUUAGAAGAUGAGUAGUUAACAUAUCUUAAUGUGUUGCCAGUCCUACUGAAUUAGUCAUCUCUCAUGAUAUGCAUGUUGGGUGGGGAGAAUACACCUCUAUAAUUGCCAUAAUCACAAAGGUGAUUUUUUAAAAAAAAUGCUAGCCAGUGCAUCAAGAACAUGGCAUUUUCUUCUAAAGGAGCCCAGUAUUAAUCUUAAAAGUCCUAGUUGGUCCUGGUUUACCAGAAGCAAACCUUGUUGUGUUGAAUUUUAUUCUCUUCAUGUGGAAAACUGCUGUAUUGAUGUAAGGUGUACGGAAUCCUUGAACUUAUCUGAGUGUCUAGUGUGGGUGGGGCCAGUUGUCAGAACAUGUUUGGGAAGAAUGUAAAUGGAUAGUGCAUAUAUUUCAUUAUGUGAAAUCUACCUCUGGUGAACUAUUGCAUACAUUUGCUGUAGACCUGUUCUCUGCAGACAUGGAUGCCUUAGGAAAUACUUGAAAGAACUGGAGUGCUGCCAGUACCUGCGUUGUAUAAAGAUCAGCCAUCUGGUGAUUUAAAGCAUGUUUCGCCAGACUGCCAUGGCAACCAAGUAUUAAACAGUAUCUAGCUAUUUGAGUUUAGAAAAACACUUCCUCAUUGAAAGAAAGUGACUCCUAAAGCCUAUUCUGGUGAAGUGCACACACUAACAUAACCUUACUAGGGAGAUGGAUCCCCUGUUUUGGAGACUCACAACAUGAACUACAGUAGAUUGCAUGCUGAAUGUUCUUUUCUAUUAUAUUAUAACAGGGCACAUUUCCUUAUGGGCAUUUGUCUUCCCUACAUGCCCUUAGUUACAUUAGUGUUUGGCUCAGCCAGAGUUGCUGUCUUCUUUCUUCACUAGGCUUCCUAUUUGACUUAGUGCUGGUUCAGUGGUUCAUUGGGCAAACAGGAAAUAUUAGGAAUUCUGAUGGGCUGUCACCCAUCCUGCAGGUCAACCGUCUUCCUGUCUGGGCUGAUUGAUGUGGCAUUUUGUUUCUCCAAAUUUGAAGCUAUAGCACAAAUUCUGGCCUGAGUGUGCUGGAUAACUCUCUGUUUCUGAGCCUAAUUCAAGUGCUGGUUUUGACUUUUAAAGCCUUAUAAGGCUUGGGACCCUAUAUGUAAAGGUAUGUGUUUCCCUGUAUGAACCCGCCCAGUUACCAAGGUCAUCAUCUAAGUCCCUUCUCUGUGAGCCACCUCUAAGAGAGGUCUGGAGAAUGGCAACGAGAGAACAGACUGGUUCUCUAGUUUGGCACCAGGCAAAGUCUUUGGGCAACACCUAUGAUAUGAUAUUGUAUUAUUAAUUCUGCUUCUAAUAUAUUAAAGCUGUGAUUUUAUUACUGUGGGUUGUAUUCAACCAAAUCAUUCUACUAGCUGAACCAGCACAACUAUGCCCACUAGCAUAAGGUUACCAGAGGUCCCUGUUUCCUGGGGACAGUCCCCGGAUUUACAAAUCAGUCCCCUGACAAAAUCCAUCAAUUUAGUAGGAAGUUGAAAAGUGUCCCCGGAUUCAUUAAAAAAAUCUAAUAACCUUAUGCUAGCACAAUAGGACUUUUUUCUCCCUUCCCCCAUGCGACCCUUCACCCUUCCCAAACUCUCCUCGAGAAACGCUUACACUGACAGUAUGAUCUCCUUAUUGCUACAUUUAAUACAACCUUGCAUUUUUCCCUUGGUUCUAAAUCACUUUGAGACCUUUGUUGUGGAAAGCAGUAUAUACAGUUAACCUAACUUUACAAAGACAUGAAUGCGAUACUGGUAUAAUAAUCCUUUCACAUCUACAGUUGAGUUUCUUGCCAUGAUUGUGUGCCUACCUUGUUAUUGGUUUGUCUGCUGCCAGAGUUAUCUCCAUUGCAAGCUGCUUUCAUGCACCCCCAUUAACAUGUUCAGUAUAUAGAGAACUGCAUGCUGUAUAAUGACUAGAUACUUAAACCUCACACUUCAAUUUGAAUAUAAAUAUUUAUUAUAUUUGAUCGAUGUAUAUUCUUUUUAGAAAUCUCUGUCUCCAUUCCAGAGAAAGCACUAUGUUUUAUAAAGCUGGAAAAAUGAAACAACCAUGAACUCAAAUGGCACUACAUACAUUUGUAAACAAGUCUAUUAAUUAAAAAGCAGUGUGUAAUAUAAUUAGAAUCAGCUGAAACAGUUAGACUGAAAAUGGUUUUUUAUUUAAUGCCAGCUAAAAGUCAACGUAGUGUCUUCAAUAUAAAAUUCAAGCAUUUUUUGUCUUUGUACGAUGUUUUGUUAAUCGAACUGUGAUGUAGCUUAUUUUACAGUAGUGCUGCCCCUAGUAUGUUUCAAAAAUAAUCCCAGAGCCUUUGCUACAGUGCAUACAAUAGUUAAUAUAAAUACAGUGGUACCUCGGGUUACAUACACUUCAGGUUACAUACGCUUCAGGUUACAGACUCCGCUAACCCAGAAAUAGUACCUCAGGUUAAGAACUUUGCUUCAGGAUGAGAACAGAAAUCGUGCUCCGGCGGCGCGGCAGCAGCAGGAGGCCCCAUUAGCUAAAGUGGUGCUUCAGGUUAAGAACAGUUUCAGGUUAAGUACGGACCUCCGGAACUAAUUAAGUACUUAACCCGAGGUACCACUGUAUGAGUAUUUAUGGCUACAGAAAUACUUCAUUCAUCCAACUAGCUUGGAGUACCAAAGUCUUUAGAUAAACAGACGAUAUUCUCUCAUAGGCCUACAUUUGCUAUAAACGCUAGUUAGCAAAGAGUAAACCUGAUACCUCUGUGAAUAAUUGCGGCAAGUGUGUGUGUAUGUACAUACACAGCUGUAACGUACUAGAAUCUCUGCCCUUUAGAGAUAUCUGUGAAGACAUGCAGGAAAAGAAAAGAAAGCUCCCUGAGCCAAACCUUUCCCUUUGCCAAAUAUGUUAAGUGAUAGAUGAACAGAUUUGUUUACCUUCAUGCAUUUCUGUUAUUUGUAGUUGUAGCACAUUCAUGAAGCUUCCUUAACUACAAAUGCUGAAAUUUGGGUCCCCUCCAAACCUGUAGCAAAAUUUUGCAAUCAUUUUCCAGCAUAAACAGUUUUCAAGGUGCUGUAGAAGGAAUUAUUGCAAUAACUUUUGCAUUGGUUUGGAAUAGCCUCAGUUUGAUAUACAGUAUUGCUUUCUGUGCUUUUGGGGGAUGAGCUGCAAAACAUGGGGUUUGCACUGCAGAACAGAGAAUGUUGGGUUUAGGGGUGAUACCUAUGACCCCCAGUUUGAGUAUCAAUUGCUCAGUUUUGGGGGUGCUGCAAAAUGUGGGGUUUGUGCUGCAAAAUGCUGCAAAACAAUUGCAAAACUUUGGCACCAGUUUGGAGGGGAUUGGGGGGUGUAGUUAAUGAAGCUGAUUUUUAACUAAGUCAUGGCUUAAACAAAUAAGAUUUGUGUUUUGCCUAGCUUCAAAGUAGUUAUUCUAUGUUUUCUAUCUGUAAGUGUUAUGUGUAAUAGGUAAAACUUUUAUAUUCUUGUUGUGCUACCCAUUAAAUUCUACCUUAAGAGCUCUGCAGGUCAUAUACUGUAGUUUUCGCCCCAUACCGUAGUUUUUAUUCCCCCCCCCCAGGUGCGGGGUUGGGGCGGGCGAAGCCCGAGCUUCCCCCAGCCCCCAGAACAGCCUGCUAUCCGCAAGCCGCGCAGCUCUCCCAUGGCUAGUGGAGCACUGCGCGAAGCUUGGGGCAUGCUGAGCUCAGCGCGCCCCAAGCUUCUGGGUGCCGGCAAGCUCUCUGCUAGCCGUGGGAGAGCUGCGUCUCCCACGGCUAGCGGAUAGCUUCCUGAAGCCUGGAGAGCGAGAGGGGUCGGUGCACACUGACCCCCCUCGCUCUCCAGGCUUCAGUGAAAGUCUGCAUUCGCCCCAUAGGACGCACACACAUUUCCCCUUCAUUUUUGGAGGGGAAAAAGUGCGUCCUAUAGGGCGAAAAAUACGGUAAAUCACUUGUACUGCUGGCAACAGCCAGUUGAAUGGUUUAGCUCCCAAUGCCAAAGCCACUGGGGAAAAACCCAAAUGUAAGCGUGUUUCUGUAGGAAUGGCAAAUAUGCAAGUCUUACUGCAGAUUGCGUAAUGGAGUAAUCUGUAUUAAAAGUCUAAUAGAUUAAAUCAUGUUUGCCAAUAUUUUCAGGGUUGUUUUUUUUAAUAAACUCACUAUGCAGAACAAGAAAUGUGUAUAUGACUGAAUUUUAAAUACUUCCUUCUUAAUCAAAGCAGCCAACCUUAAAGAUAUGCAUCAAAGACAACCCCCAGUCAACUAAUUUUUUGACCAAGGAAAUAAUAUUUGGGAAGUAUUUCAUAUUGAAGUUAAUAAGGGCGAAUUACAGAGGCCAAUGCAAUGCAAUAUACAGAGAGCAUAGACAGGAUUAUGUUGGAACUUUUGUUAAGAUUGGUUCACAGGUUAGCACUGAAAUAAACUUCAUACAGACUUCAGAUGGGAUAGUCCUGUUAACUGAAGCAGUUGUUCAUUAGGUUAUCUUGUGUUGUCAAAGUUUGCUUUUGAAGUGACUGGAAAAACCAGUUUAUCUCUUUUUCUUUCUCAUGCAAUAUUGCAGAUUCAUUGCUUAUUUAUUGUGCCUUUCUUGUCAAACCUAAAUACUUUUAUUUUUUUCCAACAGGCUGGUUUUUGGAAUGCUGUAUCCUGCGUAUUAUUCAUACAAAGCUGUGAAGACAAAAAACGUGAAGGAAUAUGUAAGUUUUGUUGCGCUAUUUUUGCAUUACUGAGUUGCAUUUGUGGUGUGAAACAACACAGCUUCAUCAAAAGUCAUACGGUCUCAAGUUCAGUAGUGGUAUGUUUGGUGAUGCUGCUGCUUACUUGAAUGGGGCUGGGACCAGCAUCAAAACUCCCAUUGUUCUAGGUGCAUUUUGCGACAGGGAAUUUCAUUUAUGCAAGCAGUUUCUAAGCUCAGGGCACAGUACUGCACCUAAGAUUUCAGAUUAAAACUCCCACUGCUGGAAGGAAAGGACCUUUUUUUGCCUCCCCACUUCCAGCCACUCUCUGAAGAGUGGAGAAGGGACCCUCAUAAGAAUAUUAGAGGGCCGGGCAGGGAGAGUAUGGCUUUGUUUUUUGCAGUCUUCAGAUGAGGACUAGACCGUGUGAAAAAUGAACAUAAGGUUUUAGCUGCAGUUCAUUCAUUUUCAGUUUUGUAUUCUUGUUGUAAAAAAAGUGUGCCUGGUGCCCAUAACCUAGGUUUAAGCUCCAUUUAGCUCCUAGCUUUCAUAUCUCAGUUUCUAACACUGGCUGGGACAUGACAGCAGUGAGACCGAGACUGAGCAGUUGCACCAGAAGUGCUGGAUUGAUGAUGGCAGUCCACCGGGGCAACUGCAUGGUCCCAAUCUUUCUGCCUUCAUAUCCCAGCCCCACUGAGGUGAUCAGCAGCAACACUGGUGCUGAGUGGAUGGUUCCAUCCCGUCUCAUAUACUGCUACUGCACAAGUUUGUGAACAGCAGACAAUAAUUUAUUGUAACACCUUGUGAUCCUAAUUCAUACCUGAGUGCGUCGGUGUAGAUGUAGCACUGACUCCCUUCUUCAAUUUGGCUGCAGCUGUUCCCUAAUUUGAUGCACAUUUCCUUCUGCCAACCUUAAUUGUGGUAUAGGGUAUACUUUUCCUGUGAAGCCAACCCACCUUAGGAAGGCUGAGAGCCAUGCUGCAUAUUAUUACAUUGUGCACUGACCUAGAGGGUCGUGUGUCUCUCUCUUUCACUCUCCCAUCUGCGGGGAGAGGAAGACUCCGCCUAGCCAAGAUUUGGAUUUUUGAAUAGGUGCCCUAUACAGUCAGUGGAAGUAAGACUCAAACUUCUAUAGUGCAAACCUAUCCAUUACAUUUCUGUUCAAAAGUAAGGACCGCUGAAUUCAGGCUUACUCUUAGAGAAAAAUGUGUAGGAUUGCAGCCUUAGUUGAACUUAAUGAAAGAGAUCUUUGUUCACCUACUUAAGCAGAAACUUUUUCAUGUCUCCUGCUUAUGAAAAAAAUAAGAUUAGAAUCUGUUCUGUUACAACCAGUUAAACUUGAAGUGGAAGGCAGUGAGGUAACUAUUUCCAGUGUGUGCCUUGACUGAAAUUGGAAGCCUGCAAAUAUGCAGUUUCUUAAGUUGUAUUACGUCCAAUUUUAUGAGACUGUCUUUAUGUAGUCAAAUGAGUUGGAAUCUGUGAUCUUCUGCCUCUAGUGGUGUUUUCUUUUUAGAUUCUGUGUUUUUUGGGGGGUGGGCUUGUUUGUAUGUCUUUUUCAAUGCAGCUGUCUAUUCCUCUCCAGGAACAACGCCCCUUCCAGUUUGAGAAAUGGGGAUCUGAAGCUCUCCUUCAAAACAAGGGAGUCAGAAUUGUUAUCACCUUGGUUGAAUCAUGUUGAGAACAAGUUUUCUCCACACAGCCUUCACAAAACAUUAAACUUUGACAAAUUUAGUUAGAGCAGAUUGUAUGUCCUUGAAGGUGAGAUUACACAGGAACUAUUCUGGAGGUGCUCUUUCCAUCCCUUGGAUGUUGUCUUACAACGGAAUAAACACUUUGACAGCCUUAUCCAAGAUAGCAGAGAGCUGACAAAUCUUCUACAAUCUAGGAAGAUUAAAGGUCAUUGAUUCUUGUAACCCAUACCAAGGGAUUUUAAAAGUUUAAAACAACAUUUUGUACAAGUUGUAUAUUCUUGCUUGAAAAAUUAAUUAAAACGCUUCCCUGCUUUGUAUCUGAGACUUUCCCUACAGCUUUACUGUGGUUCAAAUUCUCAAAGGGCAAGCACAAACUAUUUUUAAAAACAAAGAUUUAUCACCUGUUAAUUACUAGUAGAACUUCAACCAACACAAUCUAUAUACAGAUUAGGCAGGAAUUUAGGAGACAAGGCAAGCAUAUGCUUUGGUCUUGUUAGGAUGUCUUACUAAGUUUUCAUUGUUCACUUAAUAAUCGUGGAUAUGCAUGAGUGGAGUUCAACCACAUCUAACCCCUUUCCUGCUUCUAUAGUCUUCUUUACAUGGGUAGCAAAAACACCCCAGGAUUCAGCACAGACAUUAUUUUCAGUUACGUCUGAACUGGGAACUACGGCACAAUGCUUCCAAACAAGCCAGGAAUAUAAGCCAGUAUUUUAUUUGGAAGUACUUCACCAUGGCUCCCUGUUUCAACACUGUGUAAAUACUGUACAUUGUCGUUAUUUGAACUAGUAUCUGUAUAUUGGGGAUGGCAAAACUUUAGCCAUCCAGAUGUUGUUUGACUAUAGCUCCAGUCACCGCUGGCCAUUGGCCAUGCUGAUUGAAGUUGAUUGAAGUUAGUUGCCAUCAACAUCCGGAGGUUCCCCAUCUUGCUGUAUAUGAUUGUAUGAGCAUGGCUAAUGAGAUGGGGCCAGCUAAACCUUCCGCAUGUGAAACUGAAAUAUUGCUUUAACUUGCCAGGUGAACUUUAGUUCCUCGAGACUGAAUUAGCAAGCCUGUCAUCCAGGAUGUUGAGUUCGUAAUUGCCCCAAGCAGGCACUGCUUGAAAUACUGAAUUAUUAAACGCAUUCUCUAAGGAAGCAUGUCUCUUUGUUUAAAACAGACUCUCUUCCACAAAUCCCCUUUCCACUAGCAGUUUAGUUCAAAUAAUUAUUGGUAAUACGUGAACAUAAUAAUGUUAGCUUCUCAAAUGUAAUUAUCAACGCCUGGCAUUUAAAGCUUUUUACCCUUAAGUUUUCCCCCCUUAAGUAUAUAUAAAAUGGAAUAAUAUAAGUACAGAGAACAGAGACUGAAAUUCAUGAGACUUUAAGUUUGUGAAUUCAGUUGAGUUGGGUAAAGAGUUGGCAUUGCUACUUUUCUUGCAAGAGUCACAACCCAACAACAUCUGAAAUGCCAUAAAUUAUCCUCUCCUGCAGCAGUACAUCUAAUCUAUCAUUGCUCUGUGUUGAUGAUUUACAUAUAAACAUUAAUAUUUAUAUAUUUUCUUAAAUGUACACCUCACCUUUCUUCAGCCAUGGAACCUGUGGUUCCUAGGUGGUCAUUCAUCCAGGUCUCAUGCCUUCAGAGGACACCCUAGCACAUGCAUGUCGACAUUUCAGUUUUUAAAUUCAGAAAUCAUGCACUAAUAAGCAAGCAUGUCUUCCAUCAGAAUAUAAAUUCUUGACCCCUGAGAAAAAAAUCUUCAUGUUUACCUAUUUCUAAAAAAUCGGAUUUGAUUCCUUUUAGGAGAUAAAUCUUUGUUGAUAUGGUCUUCUUAUGGGUAGUAUGUUAGUAUGCAUUAAUAAAUGAUUUUUCAUUGCCCCAAAUGAUCAGAAACAUUCUUUUUAGCCCUGCAAAGAGCACUUUACCAAUAAAUAGUUUUUCUUUUAAAAUUGUGCAACCCACAAAAUAUGGCUCCAUGGAAUCACUAGGGCAGUGUUCAAAAUUCUCAUUGUGCUAGGCGCGUUUUGCAACAGGGAAUUUCAUUAAUGCAAGCAGUUUCUGAGCUCUGAGAGCAGUACUGCACCUAAGAAUUCAGAUUAAAAUUGCCACUGCUGGAAGGAAAGGACCUUUUUCUGCCUCACUACUUCCAGCCACUCUCUGAAGACUGGAGAAGGGACCCUCAUAAGAAUAUUAGAGGGGAGGGCAGGGGGGGUAUGGCUUUGUUUUUUGCAGUUUUCAGAUGAGGACUAGACCAUGUGACAAAUGAACAUAAGGUUUUAGCUGCAGUUCAUUCAUUUUCAGCUUUGUAUUCUUGUUAUAAAAAAGUGCACCUAGACACUCGAUUGCGGUGCCCAUAACCUAGGUUUAAGGUGCCAUUUAGCUCCUAGCUUUCAUACCUCAGUUUCUAACACUGCACUAGGAUGAUUAACCCUUAAGUUUUAGAGCUAAGGCAUUUCCCCCUGUUUCCUGUGCUAUUCUUCCCCAUUUCCUCUGCAUUAAAGCAUUCUGCUCAGUCUAUGGAAGUUCACAUGAAGGUCAAUUUUUUUCAGAUGAAGACAGCCCAUCAGUGUAGUAACUUCAGCUGGCAUGUACACUAAUUUAACUCUGUUCACUCGUGCUUAAAAUACCCUCUAAUUCCUUUGGGAAUUAAGCUUAGGAUAUCAUCACAUGACUGGUGCUCUGUUCAGUCUGAAAUGCUAAGAAACCUGUCUGAACCUGAGGAAUUUCAAAAAAUAAAGUGAGCAAAGUUUGCUUCAAGGGAAAAUACAUCUAUGAGUUCAAUGGUGUAAUUUUAAAAUUGAUUACGUAAGGCUGUUAGCCGUCUAAAUAACUUUUAGUUGAUUAAUAAAAUGCAUUUAAUGCUCAACUGGGUGAUUAAGUAAGUUUACGCAUCACAAAUAAAAACAUGUCCUUGCUGAUUAACCCCCCCCCCCCGCCCCCGCUAGUUAAUGGCUAAAGAUAUUUCGUUUUUCCCCCAUGUAUUAAACACCGCUGUGUAUAAGACGCCCCCUAUUUUGGGGGACUUAAAAUUAAGAAAAUGGGGGGAGAUUGCCUCCGUGUAUAAGGCUAACCCCCCUUUUAACAUUAUUUUUUAGUAAAAAAACCCUAGUCUUAUACACGGUAAAGUAUGGUGAUUAAUUGAUCUACUAUGUAAAUUACAACUUGUAGUUUUACAAAAGCUUUUUUUUUUUGUUUAGCUUUGAAAAUUGGUUUCUUUCUUUCUUUAAAUUCAGUAGUGCUGUGUCUUUCAAUUUUUUGUAUUUUAGUAUGGUGGCAUUUUGAUAUGGUCUGCCUUGUGGAGAACUGGGAUUAGAAGUGUCAGGCUAAUAAGCUAGAGAAAAAUGUUUUGCUCCAAAAAAUUGUACUUCAUGCAUUUGGAAGCAGGAUAACUUUGUAGAAUAUUCUCACAACCUGACUUUGAGAAUUGCUUUUUAAACAACUAGAGCAUAACUUUUAUUAUAAAUUGAAACCCAGUACUUAUUUAUAUAUUUUUUGUUUUAAUGGGGAAAUGGCAUCUGGCUAUUUUUGUAGUGGUUUGUAUAGCGUAGUUGGCAAUAGAUCCCUUCUGGUAACCCUCUAAAUUACCAAGUAUGACAUAAAUGUGUGUAGGAAAUGUAAAAGAGACAGAUUAAAAUAUCCUAUGGGAAUAAAUCCUUGGACUUAAUACUGCAGUUCAUUUUUCAAGCGGCAAAAAUAGUGACUACAGAUGGUUUUCUUGCCCAUCGCAUGCUUUGAGAAUCUGUGCUCUCUUUAAAAGCACAUUUUAAGGAAGACUCUCCAUGACAUUUCAUCCAGUCUGUGCUUCUGCAUUCAGAUUCUUUUGUCUGGUCCACUUACUGAUCACGUUUGGAUGACUAUAUAUUCCACUGAGGUUGAGAUUUGAACAAGAUACACCCAUACACACACCCUUUUCAUAAGCUGUGAUUUAAAUCAGGAAGUCUCUAAUCACACUUUCCCCUUUCUUUAGAACAGGGAGACCAUGCCUACCAAGUUCAGAACAAGUCAAAAUCUUGAAACUGUGGUUCAAAACUGUUUUAAAGAGUCUGCCUUGUUCCAGAAUUGGUAAAUGGGUGAAAUGGGAAACUGGUUAGAGAAUGUGGUUCAAUCACAGUUCAUGCAAAAGGGUUGUAUGCACGGGCCACGGACUUAUUUGGAGAAGAGCUAUAGCUUUAUAGGAGAGCAUGUUUUGUUUGCAGAAAGUCGUAGGUAGAGCUAGGAAAGACUUGCACCUGAAACUAUGGAAAGCUACUGCCAGUCUCUAUAGAGUCAGUUGGUCAGUGAUGGAACAGUGAUUUGGAUUGGUGUGUUUCUGUGUCUUAUUAAAGCAAGAUAAUGAACUUCUAAACUGGAUUGAAACCCGGUAUCAUUAAGUGAGUGUAGCAUGCCAGCAGAAGUGGAUAUUUUGCUCAUAAAGUAUAAACCUACCCACUGGAGCGAGGGAUAGCUCUGAUUAGCCUCUGUAUAGGAUGCUGGAAAGGGACAUGGGUGGCGCUGUGGGUUAAACCACAGAGCCUAGGAUUUGCUGAUCAGAAGGUUGGCGGUUCGAAUCCCCAUAACAGGGUGAGCUCCUGUUGCUUGGUCCGUGCUCCUGCCAACCUAGCAGUUCGAAAGCACGUCAAAGUGCAAGUAAAUAAAUAGGUACAGCUCCGGCGGGAAGGUAAACAGCAUUUCCGUGCGCUGCUCUGGUUCACCAGAAGCAGCUUAGUCAUGCUGGCCACAUGACCCGGAAGCUGUACGCCGGCUCCCUCAGCCAAUAAAGCGAGAUGAGCGCUGCAACCCCAGAGUGACUGGACCUAAUGGUCAGGGGUCCCUUUACCUUAGGAUGCUGGAGGUCUCAAACUGAACACAGGCGAUGGGACCCACCUAAACUACUGUAAUCUUUGCAGUGAUCUGGUAGCUUGCUAAGGGCUGGAACUGUUGGACUGUAUAGAUUGCCAUAGGUUAUAUUAUAGCUAUCGGGUCAGCAACAGUCCUGUGAUACAAAAUGAGUAGGGUUCCAUCUGACACUAACACAAAAUUAUCAGCACUCACACAGAAUUAAUUUGAUAUAAAAUUUUAUUUUGGUGGAGAUACCUAUCUGUCCAUCUAUCCUGUACUGUGUACUGCUACUGCCAAUACAGUGGUGCCUCGCAAGACGAAAUUAAUCCGUUCCGCGAGAGUCUUCGUCUAGCGGUUUUUUGGUCUUGCGAAGCAACCCUAUUAGCGGCUUAACGGAUUAGCGCUAUUAGCGGUUUAGCGGCUAUUAAAGGCUUUGGGGAUUAGCUGCUAAAAGUCUAUUAAUGGCUUUUAACGGCUUAGCAGAUUAGAUAAAGGGGGAAAAGCGAAAAAAUCUCAAGACUCGCAAGACAUUUUCGUCUUGCGAAGCAAGCCCAUAGGGGAAUUCGUCCUGCGAAGCAACUCCAAAACGGAAAACCCUUUCGUCUAGCGGUUUUUCCGUCUUGCGAGGCAUUCGUCUUGCGGGGCACCACUGUACUAGCUUAAAUGGACAUGUAUCAGUUUCUGCAGCUUGCUUAACUGGUGAGAAUUAUAUGUAGAAGAUUUUCAGUGGCGCUACUUUUCUGUUUUGUCAGCAUUAAAGGCUAGAUUAUCUUUUUUUGAAGAAAGGGGUGGGGUGGUUUGCAAGCAUGAGUCCCCGUUUUAAGGAAGGCGAUGGAAUGGAGGGUAUUUUCUCCUUGUUGUGUGAUUUAACUCAUGGUAGUGAAACAAUAGCUGCUUCUUCCAAAUAGGUUGUUUUGUUCAUUUUCCGGCAGAAGUUGAUCAGGUUAUCAGAGCUGCUUUGAUUUAAGCUAGAGUAAAAGGGCUGUUUAUCAGAAAGGUUCUGACUCUUUCAGCUGCUGUCUGCUACCUAUGGUUCCCAUCUUUCUAAAACAUAUGAAUACAAGCAGCAAGUAAGCAUAGUUUAAAUCAUUGCAAAAUGUGUAUCCUGUGUUACUGUCAUUGAUGUAUUGGAAAUUAAAAUGGUUGUCACAUCUUUCCUUUUCAGGUGCGGUGGAUGAUGUACUGGAUUGUGUUUGCUCUUUAUACUGUUACUGAAACAAUAACGGACCUCAUGAUAUCUUGGUAAGAUAUGUUUGGGUUCAGAGCAUAAUGUUACAAUUCCAGUUGUGUUUUGACGUAUUGUAGUUUAUAGUGUCACAUACCCUUUAUCCGAAUUAUCCUAUGCUAGUUCUGAAAAGGGUAGAGCUAUAAAAUAGCAAUAAUAUGUAAAACUAGAUUAAGGAUUAUAGAUAAUUAAAGUAAAGCCAAAAAAAGCUUUUGUUUAAAAUGUGUUAUUAUUCAAUAUCAUCCAGAGCUUUCUGAUCUAGAAGGAAUGUACCUGUUUCUAAAAUAACAGAACCCAAUUUUGAAUUCUGAUUUGUUUUGCAGGUUUCCAUUGUACUACGAGCUGAAGAUUGCAUUUGUUAUUUGGUUGCUCUCUCCAUAUACUAGAGGGGCAAGUUUAAUAUAUAGGAAGUUUCUUCAUCCUCUUCUUUCUUCAAGAGAAAGGGUGAGACAUUCCUCUCUUUGUGGUUUUAAAAUAAUUUAUUCCAUAAUAUAAUAUAAAUAUAAUAUAAAAACCUAUAUAAUAUAAAAAAUAAUAAUGCAAGUGGGGAGGGGAGGGGAGGAGAAACUUGCAUUAGUACUUUGUAUUUAACACUGAGAAUGUUAUGUCAAAUUAUAUUAAUGUCCACACUGUUUGCCUGUUUUUCCCCUUAGGAGAUUGAUGAAUAUAUUGUGCAAGCCAAAGAACGCGGUUAUGAAACAAUGGUUAACUUUGGUAAACAAGGCUUAAAUUUAGCUGCUACUGCCGCAGUGACAGCAGCUGUAAAGGUAAAUAUUACUUAACCGUUCAGUAUAAAAAUACAUUGCAUAUUAAGUUGGAUAACUUUUUUCUAACAGCAUGUUCUAAAAGUAUGCCCUCUCUUAAACACUAGCUAUAUUAUGAUUUUAAAAAAAAUAGUGAAGAUGACCCUUUCUUUCUCUCUUGUUGCCUUUUCUUGCUGGCAAUCACACUCCGUAGGAUUUCUGGCUUCUUUCUGCUGUUUUCCUUCAAUCAAGUUGAGGUAAUUGUUCAUGGAAAUUAAAGCAUGAAGCAGUGCUACAGUACAUAUGAGUUGGCAAAUUAAUAUGAAUCCCCACUGAAUUCUCUUUACCUUUUUUAGAAUAAAAUAUUAAUUCACUACAUGAACUUGAACCAUAACUGUUCUUGCUUAGAGUUGUGUGAUAUUGGAAAACAUUAAUUUAAUUGGGCUGCUGCACUUGGACUCAAAAAGUGCUCCUGACUUUCUGUGACGUGUCUAAGUAAUAAGCUUCUUGGCUCUUCCUGUAAUUCAGGCAUGUAGCUAAUGGACACUAAUGAAGUCAACAUUUGUAACUAUAGCAAUGUAAAAGGAGAAUCUAUACACCUCCAAUCAAAUAUGUGCUUAGAAUAAAUGGUACAAGACAGGUUGAACAAGAUGGACAUUGCCUACAGUAAAUUUCCAUGCAUUAGUGAAGGGUAGCUUCCUCUUUUCUCCCUGUCUUUCAUAUUUCUAGGAAAUUAUAACUGCAACUAGUAGAAGUGUAACCUUCCUAAUACUUGUAGCAAUGCUUUGUAGACAAGUUUCACCAGCAGUCAGUGGAUCAGAAACAAAAAGGUAGUGGAAAUGCUUAAAAAUAUAUCUGGCUAACUUUAAAGAGGUAUCUUCCGAGCAAAGCCCCUGCCCUUCUGUUUCACUUUCCUCAAGGUGAAGGAGAAAGAACAAGAAAUGUGAACAUUUAAACAGUCAGAUUCACAUUAGAUAUUACAAGAGAAGCAAAAACAAAUCAGUAGAGCAGGAAAAACCAGCUUGCAGCAAGGCAUGGAUAUGUCAGAGCAGUCAGGCUGAAAUCCUUCCUAAAAAAAGCCAGAUGAACCUUGUGCCAGAAGGAUCAGUUGUUGAAACCCUAGGGAGAGUAUUCUAUAAAAUUGACACUGCAGCCCCAAAGGCCUUACUCGUAGCAGAUACCUGAUGAACUUCAGCUGGCAGCAGGACACUGGACAUAGCCUUAGAUCAAGAGUGGGAAACCUUUGACCCACCUGAGGUUUCUGAACUAAAACUCCCCAUCAGACUUAGCAAGUGUAGCCAGUGAUCAGGGAUGAUGGGAGUUGUAGUGCAGCAGUAUCUGGAAGGCUACAGGUACCCCAUUUCUAGUCUAAAACUUUGCAUAUGAGUGGAAAUGUCUGUACAGCAGUUCAGUGGCCCAUGCUUUUGGGUUUGAUGUGCUAAGAAUAAUUGAGAUUGGUACCACUCCUCAUGGAGUGCUGCCAAGCGAAAAGCUUUCAAACAGCCAUAAUCUGUGUGUUGUGUUUAGGCAGCAGGAUAACGUUUGAACUGGUUGUCAGGUAUUCUUGGUAAACAACUACUCAAAUUCUGCACACGGCCAUUUUAUUCAGGAAAUAGCUAUUGCUUUAAUUGACACUAGAUGAGAUUCUGAGGAGGAAUAAUUACUAGUUGGCAAGGAUAUGCAGAAUUUGCCAUUCUUAGGGGAAAUUGCUUGACUCCUUAAGGCCUCAGUUGAUCAAAUCAUGCCUGUCUUUGGCAUAUGUGCACUCACACUUACAUCUGCACCAGGGAAAGAGGAUGUGAGCGCAUGACUUGCUGUGUCUCUUUUUUUAUUUUAAACUAUGGCUUAGUGUUAUGUCUACCUCAUCAGUUCUUUCUGAAUUGGCAGUAGCCUGGUCUGAUGUGACCACUGUGUUCUUACAAACGCAGAGAAACCACACAUCCAGGGUUUCCUAGGGCUGAGACAUGAGACCUAACCUUCCUCUUUUGAGUCUUGAUCAAGGCAGGAUUUUCCUGAACGUUGGAACUCAAUUUAUUGAAAGAAAACAAUAAUGUAGGGUCAUAAUGUUCAGCUUUUGUCCUAUUUGGCUUGUUUAUGGCUUCCAUUUUUGCUGUACCUGCUAUUCUCAAGGUUUCAUUUCCUCAACUUCAAACGCUGCAAACUGCUGAUGGUAUGCAGCCAAAGCAGCUUCUCACUUCGCUUUCAUACGUAGUAUUUUAUAUUUGGCCAUGCUUUAUCUAUUUACUCUUAUCCUGAGAACUAGCUGUUUAAUGAAGACCAUUAUAUUUCCAAAUACAUAAUUUAUUGUUCUGAGAUGAUUCCUCUGCUGGUUUAUCUACAGAGGAUCAUAACGGCCAUUGGUUACUGCCAAUUUGUAGCUUUUUGCUGAAGGACAAAGAUUUAUAUGAGAAGUUCGGACCAUUUAUACCAUGUUUCAGAUCUAUGUUUAAACAGGUUAUUAUAUAUCAUGCAACCUCUAAGGAUGUUACUACAGUACUAAUGUGUUGACAGCUGAAAACAAGAAAAUGAAUGGCAUAAGGCUACUUUGUCAGCCAUAACUGCAGCCCUUUGUUAAACCAAAUUUCUCCCAAAUGUGCUUGAAAGGAUCGCUGGUCCUGUUAGUGAAUUAAUUCACGUGGGCAGAACUGCUUAAUAUAGCACAUAGAAGUUUUACAGCAAGGAAAUUAACCAUCUGCAUGCUUAAAAUAAAUAAGGAAAAGGUAACUUGUAUGAGCUUGCAUGCUUAAGUGUAAAUUCAGUAAUUAUAUUUUAAUAAAAUUUGGAACUUUAUGGCCAGGUGAUUGUACCAGAUGGAAUGGAUAUAUGAGGCACAGUUGGGUUGGCUGCAUUAAAGAUCCUAUAUGACAGGAGGACACAAUUAAAGGCAGUAUAGGAUAGGAAGCUAGUUGGGUCAAAGAUGCUGUUCCCUGACAACUGGAGGCCUAUAAAAGCUGGAGAGCUGUAAAAAUUCUCAGAGUAAGUACAUAAUUAUAAGACUAUUUUUAAUAGAUUAGGGCUCACUCAUACAGAAAUUGUGAUCCAGAUGCUAAAUAGAAUUUCACAAAAAUGAGUAAUCUGGGGUAUUUGAAAUGGUCCUGAUUUACACUUAAGAUGGAGGGAAAUGCUUUAAGUUGAGAAUGCUGUUUCUAACAGUAACAAGCCAAAUACUUCCAGGAAGUCCACAAGCAAUUCAUGAAAGCAACAGCAACUUGUACAUCCUAGCACCUCAUGUUUAGUAUAAUGCCUCUGAACACGGAGGCUCCGUUUAGCUGUGGUAGCCAGUAUCCAUUGAUAGACCAAUUUUCCAUGAUUUUGUUUAAUCUCUUUUAAAGUCAUCUAAGCUAGUAGCUAUAACUGCGUAUUAUGGCAAGCAAUUCCAUAAAUUGAGUGUUGUGUAUGAAGUACUUUCAUGUGUUCUGUAUCUACAAAGUAGUUACACGACAGGGGACUCUUUGCAUAGCCAAUACAGUGAUACCUCUGGAUACGCGCACCUCUGGCUGCGUAUCCUUCAGGAUGUGAACGCGGCAAACCUAGAAGUAUUUUUCCAGGUUUUGCCGCAUGCACAGAAGCGGUCCCUUUGGUUGCGGAAACCUCAGGAUCCAUCCGGAGCUCCAGAACGGAUCCCGUCCGCAACCAGAGGUACCACUGUGCUGACUAUCUGGGCAAAUACAUGUGGUAUGUAGUGCAAAACACUGAAUACUGUGCUUCUGCCGGCUUUCUACUUACAUUUUUACUGCUGGUUUUCUGCAUUGCCUUACUAGUACACUUUUGUCACUUUGGCUUCUACAACUUGGAUGGAUCUCAUGAUAAACCUUGUUAAUCACUAUAGGGAUGAGGCUGUCCGAGCCUCAAGACUUGUGCAUUCCCACCACCACCACUUCUUGUGCAGCUGUGUGAGGAGCAAAUCAGAAACUUUUGUUCUGAUUAACCACAGUUUAGCAUUUCCUCUGAACCCUAAACUGUAAUUAAUCUAAAACUCUGGCUCGAUUUAAAACAAGCUGUUUUGUUUCGAACCAACCAUGGCUGGGUUUGGGCAGCGCAACAAGUGGCAGUUAAUCUAAAAUGGAAGUGGAAGUAUCCAAAAAACCUUCUUACACCCAUGCCGGAGGAAAAAGCAGAGAGAGAAAUGCAAGGGCCUCAGACUUGCACAGGCUUGUUCACAGACUAUAGAAACUAUUGCAGGUGCUACAUGCACUUUCAUUCUUCAGCCCUGUCUUGCGCAUGUGCGCGUGCACACACACCAUCCUUUUUUAAAAAAACAACAACAGGUGUCAUCUUGACACUUGGAAGCAUUGCUAGAUAAGAAAUCUUAUUUGUUGCAUUCAAAACUGUCAGCUUGCCCAGAACUUUACAUGCCCCUUAUAAUUAUUUAAGGGAUAGAGUUUUUCCAGGUGUAUUUUUUGCAGCUCCAUUUCCGUAGAGGCACUUGUACAUGUGCUAUACUGCAAUAGUAACAGCACGAUUAGGAAUAAGCUGCAGUGAUUUCAAUGAGAAUUAUUCAGUGGAAGAUGUAUGUAGAAUUGCGUUGUCACUCCCUUAAUCUACAGCUGGGAGUGUAACAAUACAGUUCAGCUCUAAUACAAAACUGGGAAACCUCCAUUUGUGCAGAACAUAACUUUUAGCAUACAGUCAAGAUCUGACAUUAUUUUUAAAGAGAGAAUGUGAUUUUAUAAAUUGGUUUACUAGUGUAAAUUUUGUAUUAUGCAAGUUUAAGUUUAUGUGUAAGCAAGGUGCUUCACAAAAGAACACAAUAUGCUUGAUGGAAAUAGAAGCACUGCAUGUGAUGCCUUGUAAUAGUACAAUUUGUAUUCUGACUGUUACAAAUAAAUUUUGGAGGGAAAUGAUCCUUUUCCUAUUGAAACAUUUCUUUCCCCUCCCCCCCUUAAUUUUUCAGGGUCAAGGGGCAAUAACUGAAAAGCUGCGGAGUUUCAGUAUGCAUGACUUAACAGCUAUACAAGGUGAUGAACCAGUGGGACAAAGACACUACCAAACAUUACCUGAUACAAAAAAGAGAAGCAGAAGCUCCACCACCAAUGAAACUUUAGGUUUGUAUAUUGCUAAAAGAACUGGGAUGUUUCUGUUUUUGCUAGAUCGGGUGAUAACUGAUAUUGGAUAUUGCCCAUUAAAUUUUGUAUAAAGCAAGCACUGGAUGAAUACAACCAUGUUAUUUUACUGGAAAUUGAGAAAGCCUUGUUCCUGCAGAUUUUAUCAGGAUAGUCCAGCUUUGUCUAGUCCCCAGUAUUCACCUUAUUUAAAGAUAAUUUAUACCAAUGUUUUAUAAUUUAACAAACUUUCAACUUUGUAAUCUCAGGUUACAAUAUUCCAUUAAAACAAGAUUCUGAAGAUGAUAAAACAGAUGAGGAGAGGGAAGGGACGUAUUCAGAGGAUGAGACGUUCACUCAGAGAGGUCUCCGGCGAACACAAAGUAUGAAAUCGGUAAAAACUAUCAAAGGCCGCAAAGAGGCAAGUACAUCUCUACUUAGUAAUAUAAAGUUCUGUGUUCAGAUGGUACAAAGAAGUAGAGGUGUAUGUCAUUUACAUAUUGGCAACACCUCACUCCAGAUCUCCUGAUGGACAGCAGUAAUGCAGAUAAGAAUUUAUGCUAUCUGCGCUCGAGAAGUUGAUCUUCCUGUUUAUCACAUGAAGGUCACUAGAGUACCAAGACAACUUUCAUGCUCCACAAUGUUGCUGAGGGCACUUGGAAGCCAUUUUGUUUACGUCCCUUUGCAUCCUGCAGUUCAGAGCCCUGUUAGCCAGAAACCCUCCCAGACCAUUCUGCCCCCAGGAGAGUGGGGUAGCUGCUCCAGGCCAUGUCUCUGACAAUGGGCACAUGACAUAACACCUAAUAAGCUGAAUAUUUCCAGCUUGCUCUGCAGCAAGAACCAGAUCAAGGGAAAUGUGUGUUUUAUGCAGCUUUUUCCACUGUUGUUACUGACAUCUUUUUGUUUUGCUGAUUCUUUUUGGUGAUUCUAAGGCUGCCUGGAAGAGAGACUCUCUCCCCCCCCCCCGUGUUUUAUGCCUUUCUGGGGGAAUAUUUUGAAACAUAGCCUUUCUUUUUUCAAAAUAAGGUUUUAUUAAAGCUUUUUCAUAAUACAAACGGCCUUUAAAUAUUAAUUGUUGGCUCGUCAUGCUACCAUAGUUGAAUGAUCAAAGUGUUAUAAUUCAAAAGGUGCAUCUGGCAGUCUUCACCUAUGAACGUUUUCUCAGUGAUGGACUGGUUGCCUUUUAACAGUAGUUAAGCAGCCUUCCCCAGCAUGAUGCCCAUGGGAAUUGGAGUCCCAACAAAAUCUAGAGGACACCAGCUUGAGGAAGGCUGGGUUAAGCAAUGGGGAGUCCCCUGCUCAUUCUUUCUACUCCCUUCCCUCUCAGGACUGCAUUCCCCCUUCUCUUGUACCAUAGGUCAGGGUAAGUUGGAACUGACUGAACAUUUGGAUUCAACGCCUGCUUAAAGGAAUAAUGCUGAAAUCCCUCUGAAUUAUGCUGAAGCUGGGAGGGGGAACAUGUUUUCCCUAGGAGGGAGGGAGAUUGCUGUUCCAGCAGUUGGCUCCAGAUCUCUCGAAUUGUUGUUUAAGUGACAUUCACACAGCAUUAAUCUGUUCCAGCCUUCAAAUAUAUUUGCUUUUAUCUGUUUCUUCUUCAUGUCCUGCUUUGCCAGGUUUUCCUGUUCAGUAUUUUGUCAAAUCAUUCAUAUGCUAAGGGAACUAAAAAUGGGAAGGGGGUGCAAUAGCUCUUGAUGACUGUACUGUAUGCAUCAACCUUGUUGUGUGUUCUGUAGUGGUCAUUUGGGGUAACCAACAUAGAACCAUCCAGAUGUUUUGGCCUACUAUCAGCUGGCAUGUUCAGAGAUGGUGGGAGCUGUAAUCAAACCACAUGUGAAGGACACCAUAUUGGCUACCCCUGUGCACAGACUGACAGUUUUUAAAGGCUGCUAAUGAUCUGAAGCUGUUUUUAUUGCACAUAAUUGGAUUAACACUUUCAUCCAUGUCCUUAUGCUUGAUUCUAUUCCUGACAGAAAAUAAACCGCCAGUUUUACAAAUUUUGCACCAGAUUUUGCCCUGUGUAUCUAAAUCUUCCAUGCCAUUUUUUUCUUUCAGGUGCGGUAUGGCUCAUUAAAAUAUAAAGUGAAGAGAAGACCACAAGUGUACUUCUAAACGAUCUUCACAAUUCAGCAUGUCAAACUGCUAUAUUAGUUGCUUCCUGCAAGCCCACAGUAGGGCCUUGUCCUGCAUAGGACUUCCCCAUUCUCUGAAGGGAAACACUUGGCAUACAUGUGGAUUCCCAUUGCCAGUGUAGAGCAUUUUCUUGAUCAUUGAAGAGGAAGGGGAAAGCCCUGCAUGCACAGAGCUCUACGUGUAUACCUGACUUAACUGGCCACUGUGUUUAGGGAUUAUCCAUAUCAAUAAUUAAGUCAUGGUGGUAAGAAUAUAUUGCUUUAAAGAGUGGAGUUAUGUUUAAUCUCAGUUUCUUAAAACUAAUUGCUAAUAUGUUUAGGUUAGCACAUUACGCUUUUGUACUUCAUAAGUGAAAUAAUUUAACGGCUGACUCUUAAAGACUUUUAAUUGUGGCUUUUGUGGAUGACCAUUAAGUGCUUGGUUAAUGCCAACACUUACUGAAAAUCUCAGCACUUCCAGAAUUUCCUUUUUAUACUUGGAAAGCUUAUACUUGAAUGCGUCAUUGUGCUAGAUUCCUUAAAAAUUCUUAAAAUGCAAUGUAAGAGUAUUGAGUGUGAAAGAAAAAGUCAUUCACAAUCUUCUUAAUGGCUUGGAUCCAAAGAACAACUUAUGGCCGUUCAAGGGGUUUCUGCUACCUAGUGGAAUUCACUUUCUUAAAACAUGACGAACUGCUUUUGAUAAUUUCCUCACUGCUAUGUGACAUGGGGAGACUGCUUUAUUCUGCCUGAAGUUGGUUUUAGUUGAAAUUCUGUACACUGCAUAGAUACAUUUUUAUAUGAAUUUGCAGUAUAGAACUAAAAUAACAACAACAACCCCAGAAGGCUCACAUAACUUGCUUCAUUGUUUGGAGGUUUGUAUAUUGCUUUACUGUAACCAGGGAUUUGAGGGUAGCCUGUGCAUACAGCCGAGUUGAUCACUCAGAACAUUAUCUCUUUCCAGAGCAGCCCCCGUGCUAGUCUUUUGCAGCAAAAACAACAGGCAUGAGCUUCCAUGAACUACAGUUCACAGAUACAUGAAGUGUUACCCUGAGUUACAGGUAGAUGUGCACUGUAGUCCACCGAAGUUUGUGCCACAAUAAAUGUGUUACACAAGUCCCUUUGUUGUCUGUAUCUGGACACUUACAUGCUGUGAUCUGUAGUAUUGCAGUUCCAAUUGGUUUUUUCAAUGCAAUGUUGACCAAGGAACAUAGAAAGCUGCAACACAGUCAGACCGUUGGUCUGUCUAGUUUAGUAUAGUCUACACUGGCAGCACCUCCUCAGUGUUUCAGACAGGUAUUUCUCCAAACAACACCUGGAGACCAUCAGGGAUUGAACUUAGCACUUUCUGCAUGCAACUCUUAGCAAGUUUAUCUUCGUGUGGACUUUCUCUUAUGGGUUCACUGCUGCAUGUGAGAGCACGCAGCUGAGUAAUAUGGGCCAGGUGCCUUUUCUUUUUGGAAUGUAUAUAAAGGAAUUUAACUACAAGACCCAAAAUAUUUCAAACCUUUUUGUUGGAUACCAGCAGUCGUAUGAUAUACUGUGUACUAGACAUGUCAAACUCAAGAAACAGGAAAAACUUGCACAUUCUAAAUUUAGUUGUUCUAUUAUCUUAGAGUCCUGUGUUUCUAGUGUUUAAGAAUCAUCUUGCGUAUGCUUUUUAUUGUGCUUGUGUUUUUUAUUCUUUUGUAAAACAUUGAAGGUUUUAUGUUGGGGCACUGCAGAGAACUGAAGGCCAUUUCAGGAACACGAGGGUGGUAUGCAACCAAGCAGUUGCAAGAUUUUUCAUUUCCAGUGACAUAUUUGCCCUUUCCCUGCAUGUCCUCCCCAAAUCUGCUGCAGAGGGUUGGUGAAACCCCAGAACAGAUUUAGGGGUCUCAUAGGAGAAGAAAGGAGAGGGAAGGAAAGUUCAGCUACACAGCCAGAUACUGAAAUACUUUGUUGGAUACGAUCCAGAGCAACUGGAUAGGUGGGCUUACAUAUAUAUACAUAUCUUAUGUAAAACAAGCAUAAUAUGUAGAGCUUGUGUUAACUUGAUACACUUCUGUGAUGUUCGUUAUGCCAUUCAAGAGUAGCACUUGAAAUGUUCUAAAUCUUGAUAUUCUUAAGUGUUCACUACUUAAGUGCUGGCUCACAAAAUACUAUUAUUUUUUGGCUAGAUUCCUGAGGAAUGUCUUGUCCUUUUUAGACAGGUGAAUCUUCCAAAUCUAUUAGAAUAACCAGGAGUUUUAGUAUUGCUUCUGGAUGCAAGAACCAUGUCAGACCCUCAGCCAUUAAAUGUUAUGUAAGAAAUCAUGAAAAGAGGUUCACAUUUUAAGCCUGAUCUUCACAGCUUUGAGUGCUGCACACCUUUUAACCGAACACUUGAAAAAAAUUGCUGCUGUUAUACCGUAUAUGUUGGUACUAGGGUUUUAACUUGGUAAAGUGGUUCCAAAGGAAGUGGUUCCAAAUAUGCAUAUGCUUCACAAUUUUUAACUCAUGCCAUGUGGAGAAGAAUUUACCAUUUAUUCUGAAUACUGACAGCUUGCCCCAAAUAAGGAACUAAAGAACUGUUUUCUCUUCAGCUUUGGAAACAGGAUUUUAAUAAGAAACAAUGCUUGCUUUUACAUUUUUGUACCCAACUUGCUAAGAUGCUGUUCACAAAAUUAGAUACAUGUUUAAUUUUGAAAAGGUAAAUUACACAGCUGGGGAUGGGGCUGAUUGGCAUGGAGAAUCCCCCCCAAUUGAAAAUCGGGGGGGGGGGGCUACUCCCACACAAAGUUCCCAAUUCAGACUGAUGUCUCUGUGGCUGCAAUUUCUUUUUAAAAAGCCACCUAUGUAGCUGCUAAUUGUUGAAUGGUAUCUUCUCUAGUUUGGCCCUCAGAGUAGCUACUAAUGUGGUUACACUGGGUGUGGGGAGAAAGGAGUAUAGUAUCUGAAUUGGAGGUGUAUUCCCAGCAUUAUCUUUCAGAAGUCUUUCUGUUGUAUAAUCCCUCUGUUAACAAAAUUUAAAUCAGCCUUAGGGGUUUUUUUUUAAGCCUACAUACUGGAGGACCGUAGUUCUAAAAUAAGCCAGCCUAGUUUUCAACUUGUGUCUUCCACUUUUGCUUUUAAAAUAACUUGUGGCUGGUUAUGUAGAAGCACACACCAUACUGGGUCAGACAAAACAGUUUUGUAUCUUCCUACAACUGAUCCAACCAGAUAAUUUCAAAGGAACUGUAUAGGAAGUGAUUGCGAAAUGAUACGUUAUUUCAGCUAUUUUUUUUAAUAUAUCCAUGCCUUUUGUCAAACAGACUCAUCCUGAAAAUUUGUAAGGCUUAAGGACUGCUUUGUAUGUUAUGUUGUUGGUGUGUACUUGUAUCAUGAAUACUCAAAAGUUACAUGUAGUGCUUGCAUGUGUAUGGUGCAGGUGUGAUUGUACUUGUAUGGUAUGGGUGUGAUACAAAGGGAGCUCUUGGUUGGCUGAAUCUUCCUGGUUCAAGUAUAUCGAAAGACUAAAGGCCGCUUUGUGUGCACCCAUGGAAACUACAAGUGGCACAUUCCUUGGACACUCACUCAGUGAGGUUGUCCUUCAGUGAAAUGAAUGAAAAGCAAUUCCUUUCUCCCAUUUUUAAAAUCCAUUUUUUAGCUUCUUGGAUUCAAAUAAAUUUUUGGAUUCAAAGAAUGGCAAAAUAAUUGCUGCAAAUUAAAUAUAAUGGUUUUACCACGUCAAAAACAAGGUAUUUUGUUGAAAGAUGAUAGAUCAAUGUUGAAUGAAGUACGUAUUAUGCAAAAGAAACAUUAAACUAUUUUCAAGGACUGCUUCUACUUACCAGCUCUUACAAAUGCAAUUUCAACAUAUUGACUAAUUGCAGCUUUAAGACUGCAAGCUUUAACUUUCCCAUCUGUAACAGACUGUCAACUUGUUUACAUAUUUGUAGUACUGAAUUUUGUACUGAUACUUCUUUACCUAUGUAUAUGCUAUUUUUGAAGAUGCAAUGGCUCUUGAAAAGAUUUUUUUUAAAAAAAACAACUUAAUAAAAUGAAUACUUUC